AAAGUCGUGGUGCAAAGCGUCAGCGAGUUCAGUGAGCUGGUUCUGUGAGUGACCUUGAUCCCCUCGCGAGUUUCUGUGACAGUCCUGUUUGCAAGAAGCCGAACUCGUCAGUACUAAUCGAAUCAUCGUCCCAGAGAGUUACCGGAGCGGGUCUUCCGACACAACGUAGUAAAAAAACAGAGGAAAAGAUGAAGAUUCUUGGUGGCGUCCUACUCGUCGCGGCGUGCUUCGUCGCAUAUACACACAGCUUCCCCAGUGAACGAGAGUCAGAUGAAUCAAGCGAAUAUAUAUUAGACAAGAUGGGGAACAUUGACAUAUUCAGGACUCUACUCUGGAUGAUGAAGUCAGAAAUAGAUCGAUUUACGCCAUACUUCAACGGCCAAACAUUUAACACGAUGCAACGUUUUCCUCUGGAGAACCCGCUGAACUUGAAUUUCUCGAAAAAUGAUGCUAACUGGACGUCCGAAACCAAGGUUAUCAAUGGAAACAUAGUUACCACCAAUGAGACAAUCUACGCAGGGAAUAACAACUACAGCACCUUAGUUAUGCGCAUCCGUAUAAUUGAAGUGGAACCAGAGAACGACACGAACCCAGUCGCCGAAAACGAUGGAGGCUUCGAAGUGGUCACUCUGCCCACGGUUACCGAAUCUACUUCUGAAACGAACACUGCAACCACCAACAAAAAGAAGAACACUUCACCUACAAGAAGCGUGGAGACUGUCGAAGAGUUCGACAACGAGAUAUCGAAGGAUCAAAACCCUUUAACGGCUUGAGGCAGCUGAGAAAUAA